GAUGUGUUUGUGUUGGAGGGUUUCACUGAGCUGAACCGAGCCGAGCUGAGACAGCAGGACGGUAGACUCGAAGAAGUUAAAAACAACAAGAAGAAAAAGAAGAAGAGCACGCACGAGAAGAAAUAAUCUACCUUCUGUAACGCGUCGAAGUCUAUUUAUUUUAAUACUUCAGCUGAAUAGCCUCCUUCCUCCCAUUCACUUGUCCCUCAUGUGAAUGUGUAUUUUUACGUGUUUGUUUGCACGAGAGUGGACCUGUGACGCUUAGCAAUCUAAAGUGCAACUUGUUAACAAGAAAAAAAGGAAUGGAGAAAUCAAACGGCUUCCCGUCGGACAGAACCAUCCUCUGCCUGUUUGACGUGGACGGUACUUUGACACCACCUAGAGAGAAAAUCGACCCACAGCUGGAUGAGUUUUUCCAGACUCUGAGGAGGAAAGUGAAGAUUGGCAUUGUGGGAGGGUCGGACUACUCCAAGAUAGCAGAGCAGCUUGGGGAAGGAGAUGAUGUCAUACACAAGUUUGACUACGUGUUUGCUGAGAACGGGACAGUGCAGUACAAAGAUGGGAAACUGCUCUCAAAACAUGCCAUUCAGAACCAGCUCGGUGAAGAGCUGCUGCAGGAUCUGAUCAACUUCUGCCUCAGCUACAUGGGGCUCAUCAAGCUGCCAAAGAAAAGGGGAACGUUCAUUGAGUUCAGGAAUGGAAUGCUCAACAUUUCCCCUAUUGGUCGGAGCUGCACACUGGAGGAGCGAAUCGAAUUCUCUGAAAUUGACAAGAGAGAGAAGAUCAGGGAGAAAUUUGUUGCUGCCCUGAAAGAGGAGUUUGCUGGGAAGGGAUUACGCUUCACAAGAGGUGGUCUCAUCAGCUUUGACAUUUUCCCAGAGGGCUGGGACAAAAGACUGUGUUUAGAGCUGCUGGAGAGUGAAGGCCUGGACGCCAUCUACUUCUUUGGCAACGAGACCUCAGAUGGAGGAAACGAUUAUGAAAUUUUCAACGACCCACGGACCAUCGGUUUCACAGUCUACUCUCCGAAGGACACGGCCAGGCUCUGUCGGGAGCUUUUCUUUGAUGCUCCACCACACGAGUCUUGAUGUCUUGAACUACUCCCACUCGUUCCUCACAACCCCUUUACUCACAAGCCCCUCUGUGGGUCUCUGCUGGUACGACAGCCCAGACUCUCAAUGAACUGCUGAAAGGUACUACUGUUGAUUUUCUCCGUAUUAUUAAUAUGAUUACUCUAAGUACAAAUGGACAGCAGCGGAGUGAUAUGACUUGUAUUUGUACAAUAAAUUCUGCUUUUUAAAAACAAAAUAAAGGGAAAGCACCUGAGGAAGAGUUAAAGGUACUGUGGCAGAAGAUGGACUGCAGUGUUGCACCACUGCACUGUCUAGCAUGUGAGAUAAAAUUAACCAAAAGGCUUAGAAAGAUUAUAAAACAUUCUGCCAUGUUGAAAGUUAGUACUCCAGCUUACUUUGAGUACAGAAUGAUGUUUUGCACUAAUGUUGGCAUAAUUUGAUGCAAGUGAUGAGAGUAAUGUUAAAACAGGCGAGAAAGCUUUUGCUUGUUGUUUUGUGAGAAAAUAAGAUAUGAAUGAAGCAUUAAAGAAGAUGUGGGUCUUUCCUCCUCUACAGUUGAGGAUAUAUUAUGAAGCAUUCCAAGUAUUUUGUGUCUCUACAGUGCUCUGAACGGGAUGUGAAUUAUUGUUGGUGAUCCUCUGAAUGUCUAUUUUAACCUCACAAACCUACUGGAAAUGAAAGAAGUUUGCUCGUGCUGCUUAUUUGCUUCUCUUGGUUAUUUAAAUGCAUUAAAGGUACAAUGUGUAAGAUUUGGCCAGAAUUUUAGUUUAAAACAUUUAAAAAAAAUGAACUAACCCAAUCAACAGUUAGUGCAGAAGUAACAGCUCUGAGUUCAUGUCAGAGACAUCUAUGUGUUGUGUUGCAGAGAUAUCUACCAAAAUUAGCAUCCUUACCGGCUAGCUCUGGCCCGUCCUGUGUCAUAAUACCACUUGUGUCUCGAGAUGCGAUAGUCAGUCACUGUAGCGUCCAGUCUGCCCUCAGUCCAACAUUAGAGGAUGAAGAAGUAGAGCUGGCCGAGCUUCUCUCUCUCACUCACUCCCUGACCUGUCAUUCCUCCGCUACCUCUACUUUUUUGUCUCCUGGCACCACUUGAACUUCCCUGUCUCUGACUGGGCAGACUCUGGGUGUGACAUUGUUGUUGUCCGGGGAGAACAACAAUGCGGAAGCGCCCCAAAGCGCUGCCUGCUUCUUUUUGGUGCUCAUGUUAACCAGUGAGUCACAACCAAAUCUGGCAAGAAAACACACUGAUAAUCUACUAUAAAUUAUACUAUAUGAGAUAAGUGAUAUGAUUCUGGUAAUUGCAUCCCAUGCUUUCCAAUCCUUUUGAUUGCUCUUACCCUCUCACCGCAGAGGAGCAGCCAUGCUGCAUCCUACUUAUUUGGAGAAUGUGGCCAGGAAUUACACAUUGUACCUUUUUUAAAGUGAAGAUUUAUAUUAAAACUGAACAUUACUGACUUAUUGAAUUCAUCUUAACCAGGGAAUUAAGCUACUGUGACCAGGUCACUCUAAAAACAAUGUUGUCAGUCGAUGUGACAGCUUUUUAUGUAAAAUAUUUUUACAAAUUGUAUCAUGGUCUGCAUGCUGUAUACUGGGUGAUUUUAUGUAUUGAUGUUUAUUGCUUGAUUCCUUGUUGCUAAUUAUUUUUAGAUUAAUGCCGUUUUUAAUAGCUGCUUAAAGGGUUUUUUAAAUAAUGUUUUUAAAAAUGUGAAAAUGGUCACUUUUUUCCCAUUACAAGCUAAUGCUCUGUCAUUCUGUCAUGGCUCAGAAAAACGGAUCAUAAUUGUAAAUAUGUAGCUUUUAAUAAAUCAACUGCAGUUCUGUGUCUGACUGUAAACACUCCUUCAACCUCAGUGACUACAAGGAUCAUGUAGACAAGACUUUUAGGCACAGCAGAGAGCUAGCUUUUAAUGUAUCACUGAUGCUAACUGUAACAUUGGUCAUAUCUUUUACUCAUUUAUGGAUAAAAAUGUAUUUUGCAUCAAUUCAUUGUAAUAAAACCUUUUUCAUAUAAUUUCACGUA